CGACCAAACACGUACACGGUGCAGUGCAAUCCACUCACCUGCUAUGGCGACAUCAAGGCCCCUUGCCUUGGCGCUCCUCUUCUGCGCCUUGUCAGCCUGCAGCCACGCCGCCAUUUCCUACCCACCGUCGGCCAUGUCCACGGCGGCACCUGCCAACAAUGGCUUUCUCUCGUGCCUCAUCAAGAGCGUUCCCCCGCGGCUCCUCCACGGCAAGAGCUCGCGUGCGUACGGCUCCAUCUGGGAGUCCACCGUCAGGAACGUCAAGUUCGUGUCGGACAAGACGGUGAAGCCGGUGUACAUUAUCACCCCCACCGAGGCCGCGCACAUCCAGGCCACCGUGGCGUGCGGGCGCAAGCACGGGCUGCGGGUCCGCGUGCGGAGCGGCGGGCACGACUACGAGGGCCUGUCGUACCGGUCCGCCAAGCCGGAGACGUUCGCCGUGGUGGACCUGUCCAUGAUGCGGCAGGUGCGCAUCGACGGCAAGGCCGCCACGGCGUGGGUGGACUCCGGCGCGCAGCUCGGCGAGCUCUACUACGCCGUGGCGAAGAUGACCCCCAGCCUCGGGUUCCCGGCGGGCGUGUGCGCCACGAUCGGCGUCGGGGGCCACUUCAGCGGGGGCGGCUUCGGCAUGCUGCUGCGCAAGUACGGCACCGCCGGGGACAACGUCAUCGACGCCAAGGUGGUGGACGCCAACGGCACCCUGCUGGACAGGAAGUCCAUGGGCGAGGACUACUUCUGGGCGAUCAGGGGUGGCGGGGGCGAGAGCUUCGGCAUCGUGGUGUCGUGGCAGGUGCAGCUCGUGCCGGUCCCGCCCAAGGUGACCGUGUUCCAGAUCCACAGGGGGGUCAAGGACGGCGCCAUCGACCUCAUCAACAAAUGGCAGCAGGUGGCGCCGUCCCUCCCCGAUGACCUCAUGAUCCGGAUCAUGGCCAUGGAGCAGGAUGCCAUGUUCGAGGCCCUGUACCUGGGCACGUGCAAGGACCUCCUCCCGCUGAUGGCCAGCCGCUUCCCGGAGCUGGGCGUCAAACAGGAGGACUGCAACGAGAUGCCGUGGAUCCAGUCCGUGGCCUUCAUCCCCAUGGGCAAGUCUGCCACCGUGAUGGACCUCCUCAACCGGACGUCCAACAUCAAGGCCUUCGGCAAGUACAAGUCGGACUACGUCAAGGACCCCAUCCCCAGGGACGUGUGGGAGAAGAUCUACACCUGGCUCGCCAAGCCCGGGGCCGGGGUCAUGAUCAUGGACCCCUACGGCGCCAGGAUCAGCUCCAUCCCGAAGGAUGCGACGCCGUUUCCGCACCGGCAGGGCGUGCUGUUCAACAUCCAGUACGUCAGCUACUGGUUCGGCGAGGGCGACGGGGCGGCGCCGACACAGUGGAGCAGGGACAUGUACGCGUUCAUGGAGCCGUACGUCAGCAAGAACCCUAGGCAGGCGUACGCCAACUACAGGGACCUCGACCUUGGCGUCAACGAGGUGGUCGGCGACGUCUCCACCUACGACAGCGGCAGGGUCUGGGGCGAGAAGUACUACAAUGGCAACUUCGAGAGGCUCGCCAGGACUAAGGCCAAGGUGGACCCCUGCGACUACUUCAGGAACGAGCAGAGCAUCCCGCCAUUGCUCAAGUGAUCGAUGAUACCCGGUCCCAUCCAGAUCCUUUCGACCGCGCCAAGCAAAAGGACGACGAGUCGUACAUGAUUCUGCUGAUUAUAUUAAUUAGAUUGAUCCUGCUUUGCAUGCGUUGAGCCAGGUGCUUUGCAUGGCGAGUUAGCUACGUAGUUUGGCAUCAGCCACAUGCAUGACAUUAAAACACAAGCUGACAGCCGGCUACCCAAGUAAAUAAGGAUACGCGACAUACACUGUCGUGCCAAUUAGUAUGGCUGCUUCUUUUUUUGAAUAUUAUUAGUCAACAUUUUAUUUCAUUUUCCUUGUACUGAUGCUACUCCAUGCAUCUUAAUUAUAUUCAUAUAUAUAUAGACGUCGUCAUGACAUUUUUCUUGCGA